AUGGGGUACCAUGCCAACCUUGCCGAUUUCUCCGACGUUGAUGAUAGAAAAGAAGAAGCUCUAAAAAUGCUGCUGGAAAACUACAAGGCUUUGACCAUUGAUCAAAAUAACUGGGUCUGCAAUUUAUCUAAUGCUUCGUCUCUGAUUUGGCAUUGUUACCGAUCAUUGAGUAUUGACAUCAAUUGGGCUGGGUUUUAUUUUGUGAAUGAUGACAAGAAGGAGCUGUUAUUGGGACCUUUCCAGGGAAAGGUUGCCUGUCAAACGAUACCAUUUGGCAAGGGAAUCUGUGGCGUUGCAGCUGCCACACAAGAAACACAGCUAGUGGAAGAUGUAGACAAGGCUCCCCAUCACAUUGCUUGCGACGGUGAUACAAAAAGUGAAAUUGUUGUACCAAUCGUGAACAAUGGAACCAAAAGAACUUUAGCUGUUAUUGAUAUAGACUGCAGAGACUUCAAUGCGUUUGAGGAUCUCGAUAAAGAGUACUUGGAACAACUAGGCAAGUUGAUAGGAGAAACUUGCAUAUUUUAA